GGGCUGGCUAAACUUUCCUGAUCAUUCGUCAAUUGUUACCCGUAAGGGUACCUUCGUGUGCAACUAUGUGAUGGUUGCAUAGUAAUAAUGGUCGCCUUCCUUUUGGAAACUACAUGAUUACAUGCUUAAUUCUGUUUAAUAAUUCGUUUUAAGUUUAGGGGUUGUAUAUGUACUUAAUAAUGACGAUUAUAGUAUUUUUAAUUGAUACGUCGGCUUCUAUGAAUCAAAGAGCAUAUUUAGGUGGACGCCCAACGCUGCUGGAUGUGGCCAAGGGCGCAGUUGAAACGUUCGUCAAGGUGAGGCAAAGAUCUCCAGAAAGCAGAGGUGAUAGGUAUAUGCUAUUAACAUUCGAAGAUCCGCCUCAUAAUAUCAAGGCUGGGUGGAAGGAAAAUCUCGGGACAUUUAUGAAUGAACUCAAGAAUCUACAAUGCCAAGGAAUGACGAUGAUGGGGGCCGCUUUAAAGCAUGCCUUUGAUGUUCUUAAUAUCAAUAGAAUGCAGACGGGAAUUGAUACAUAUGGACAAGGGAGAUGCCCGUUCUUUCUGGAACCAUCAGUAAUUGUAGUAAUAACAGAUGGAGGGAAAUUGUCUAAUUCAACUGGAGUGCAGGAAGAGUUUAAUCUGCCUAUGCACUCUCCAAUACCUGGAUGUGAAUUGACAAGGGAACCUUUUCGCUGGGACCAAAGACUGUUCUCAUUGGUUUUAAGGCUUUCUGGGACACCUGCUGUUGAACGUGAUGUUGGACUUGUGCCAUCUGAUACGUCACCAAUUGAUGCAAUGUGUGAAGUUACAGGAGGUCGCUCGUAUUCUGUAACAUCACAUCGGAUGCUAAUGCAAUGCAUUGAUAGCCUGGUUCAAAAGGUACAGAGUGGUGUUGUUAUCAAUUUCGAAAAGAUUGGUCCUGACCCUCCACUGAUUAGCAACAAUGAUAAAGAAAAUAAUGAAAACGGAGAAGAGAUUAAAGAAUGGGACAAAGAUGGCCAAAACAAAAUUCCCAAUGGGACUCGUACUGCUAUGCCUUCACCUCAAAGUACAGCUUGGCAUAGUUGUAGGAAGCUGAUUUAUGUCCCGAGGUCUGCUCAGAAAGGAUUCCCAGUAGGAUUUUGGCCAAUACCCGAAUCUUUUUGGCCAGAUGCUCAAGGCGCUACUCUUCCUCCUAGGUCAGCUCAUCCUAAUGUGAAGUUCACCUGUGAUAGUCAGGAUCCUAUGGUUAUAGAAAACCUCCCAUUCGACAAAUAUGAGUUGGAACCUAGUCCAUUAACACAAUAUAUACUUGCAAGGAAACAACCUACAGUCUGUUGGCAGGUAUUUGUUCCUAACUCGUAUAAAAACUCAGAAGUUGGACACCCAUUUGGCUACUUAAAAGCGAGUACCAACCUGAGCUGUGUUAAUCUGUUUGUAAUGCCAUACAAUUACCCGGUGCUGUUACCACUGCUUGACGAGCUGUUCAAGAUCCACCGGCAGAAGCACACACCAGAAUGGAGGAAUGCAUUUCAAAAUUACCUAAGAACAAUGCCUUCAUACUACGCUGGGCCUCUGAGGAGAGCACUCACUAGAAUGGGUGCUACAGGAAGUGUUGCCCAGAACUUGAUACCAGAUAAUAUGGAAAAUUCUCUUAGUUUUAGUGUUCUAAAUUACCUCAAACGUCUUAAAAAUCAAGCAAAACUAGAAUAUGAGAAAUUGUGCAAUGAAGUUAGUAGUAAGCAGUUGAGUGCUAAGGCUAAUCAGGGACCUGAGGGCGUACGCGUUACACCUAGGAGUCCCUUCAAAAGGGAUUUAGUGUCUCAUCCUUUACUUCAAGAUAAAUUUCAAACAUUAAGAGACCAACUAAAUGAAUUCGGGAGCUUUGUAGUGGGCAUAGGGCAUAGGCGCCACAGAGCUGGCCAGAGUUUCAGAAAUGCUUUUGACAUCCCCCGAAGAAGCCUAUUGGACCAGAUUCUUCGAAUGAGAGCAAACUUUCUCAAUAUAUCUCCUACUCAUAUGAAACUGCAAGAUGAAGAUGUUAUACAUAGUAUGCCCAUCAGUCAGAUGGGAAAUUAUCAAGAGUACCUCAAGAAAACACCACCACAGCUUAGAGAGGUUGAAUCAACGCCAGUGAGACAACACAUGUUUGGAAAUCCAUUCAAGAUUGAUAAGAGGAUGAUGGUUGACGAAGCUGAUAUUGACCUGGUUGGUGGUGGAGGAAGUGGAACACCUAGGGGACAGAAGAGGCCACUGGUGGAGCCAGGAAUUGGUCGACCGAACAAGAGAAAGCCAGGACCUAUCCCUAAGGACGUUGUAGUCCGACGACCCCCCACCCCUCCUCCUACGCCACCUCCUAGUCCCGCCCCAGCUCUAGCUGCAGCUCCAGCUCCAGCCCCAGCUCCAGCCCCAGCCCCAGCCCCAGCCCCCAGUUCUGCACCCAGCCCACCUCCUCCUGUUUUGUCUGUUCAGAAACCUCCAACUCCUCCUCCCCCACCAUUGCCACCUCAACAAUCUCCACCUUCUCUGCCUCCUGUGCUAGUACUGGUCAAUGGUGAUGUGUCAUCUUCAGACAUAGACAUGGAUGAGUGUUCGCUUGGAAGUCCUGGCUCUCCGCCAGCUGAGUUUGCCCCUCCUGUGUUGCAACCAUACGACGGGCUUCCGCCUCCAGUAGGAGAAAGAGAUGAUCCACCAACAUUGCCAUCAUAUUCCACUCCUCCAUUAUCUCCACCCCCACCUCUUGCUCCAUCUCAGAUCACUGAGAUCAAGAGGCACAACUUAAUGGUCAGGUCUGCAGCGUAUAGGGAGGUCAGGAGGCCAGGCAGGAGUCAAUUACGACCAGCUGUUCGGUCACUUGGAAGGAAUGAAGGGAACCGUGGAAAUGAAGAUAAACUUGCUCAAGGAUGUAAUCAACGAAUCGCUGAGGUUCAAGAGGCGGACGUUGGCCAGCCACCUGGACAAGCAACUGAAGGAGCUAAAGAGCUUGGUCGCACCCGGCACCUCACGCCUGGGGAACAAUGGUGGGAGAUGAACUCGCACGUUAUUGAUCUCGUAGAGAAAGGAGUCAACCUGUUCCAAGUUGUUGCCCAUCAGGAGAAGAGGCUCCUGACAUCGCUCAUUCGUCCUCACCUCUUUCGUCUUGCCUAUGUUGAUUCACAGGUACUCUCUUGCGAUUUGGAUAAGGGCAUCCAACUUGCAUUGCAAGUCCUUGAAUCUCUGUGCUAA